GAAAAGCUGUCUGUCGUCGGAAAUUAUGACAGGCGCCGUAUCAACAGCUAAAUAAUUUUUUCUUAUUCCCUUUGCACAAGCAUGGGCGCACUAUGGCCCCUAGUUUACGAGACCUGAUUGAUUUCCUCCUCUCAGAGAUUGCUCUCUGUGGCGAUCAAGGAGCUUCCCCUACUGAUAUUUUGUCGUUUAUUGAUGUCUUUUAUGCCAAAUCUGCCAAGGAGGAAUCGAACCGCCGCCAGACCAUUGACAGACGAUGGCAAGGAAAAGUCUGGCAAUGGCUUACCAAAAAUCCCGAAGUCUCUGUGGGCAAAAAUCGGGAAGGAAACGGUCUAAGCCUUGCAGAAGUCGAACAGCGUCAGCUAGCUUCUCAGGAAGCAGAUAGCGAACCCCAACCUGAAACUGGCAAUGGUCCAAUCCGUGUCUUUGUCUCCAAGGAGCGGACGUGGCUUGCGAUCACAGGACAUGAGCCAGAUGAGACGAAAGUCCUACCCAUGGAGUUCGCUCUCCUUUCUAUCAUUGCAUCACGGAAAUCUAGCGGAAUCGCUCAACCCGAAUUGAUAAGGCUCAGUGGUCAGGAUAAGCGAUCAGUGCCCAAGCGUACAGACGUGUUGCAACAAAAAGGCUAUAUCGAGAAAAGAGCCAUUCAGAUCAAAGCUGCCCGAACAAGCCUUUGCACUUUACGAAGGUUUCUGGACCAAGGAAAUGCGAGUACUGAAAGGCCUACCGUCCAAAACCUCGAUGCCGGGAUUGACGCGAAUAAGAUGAUCGACUUUGCAUCUUUUACGACAAGAUUGUUUGAAAUUUUGCGGGAAUACCAAAUCAUUUCCCGCAACGAUCUUAAGGGUCUUCUGGGUUUCGCUGACCGAUGGCGAUGGAGAAUUCUUUCCCGUGCCCUGCGAAAAUUUGAACGUAUAGGUGUUCUAAAACGUGUAAAAGCAUUAUCACAAUACGCAGACACCCAGAAAAAAUUCCACCCCUGUGUCAUGCUCGUUCGAGACCCAACAGAGAAAGAUUUUGAGCUGUUUCAUGAGUUCAGUAAGAACAUCUAUUCCAGUCUUGAACAGGGGGGGAAUGCAGAGUUUGAAGAAGAUAUAGACGGCGAGAAUGCAACCCAAGAGCCGUCGUCUGGGGGAGCUCUGGCCGUCGUGAAAAGGGAAGAAGAUGUAGAAUUUUCGGGACGCACUCUUCCUGUGUGGUCCCCGGAUCGCAAUAUUCAUAAUCAGAUUUUCGAGCUUAUCGACCGAACGGGCACCACAGGCAGUACUAACAGUGAUGUCAUUCGAGCAUGUUUUGGGGCCUUUUACCGCAGACCGCUGGAGAACACGUUGGCACGCUUGGUAGAAUGCUGGCAAGCAUCCCAGCCGCCCCAUCUACGUCACUUGGCCAUUGUGCGAGAUACAGCCCUCCAUCGCACCAUUACUCACUACGUUCAUUAUUCUGCAAGAAAUUUCGGUCAGCUGGUUGACGCAGGAGAAUCGUCAUGGGAAGCCGUCGAGUUUGUCCCGAAGAAUACCAAAUCCGACAAUGUCCGUGUUCCUGCCGUUGAUGCUAAGCCUCAGGUCGACAAAUAUGGAUUCCCUGUAGAUAUCCCAAUCAAAGAUUUGCUAAAUAAUGGCAAUGCUUCCCUGGCGGAAUGUAUAAACGCGAUGAAGCCGCCCGAUUACUUUUUUUCAAGCAGCGAUGCUAAACCCGUGCGGCUGGAGGAUGGGACCUAUGGGAUCCAUUAUGGGCAUAAGAAGCUGCCUGCUGGGACACCCCAACCAGACAGGGCUGUCAAAGAAACCAGUAAGAGGACACCAAAAAGGCCAAAAAUCGAGCAAGAAAAUAUUUCCGACGUUGAAAUGCUUGACAUGUCGACAGCCCCACCGCCCAAAAAGCGAAAGCAAGAAUCCGAUAGAUUUAUCGGGAUGUCUGAAAAGGAAAAGCUCGAAGCACUCGGCUUGGACGAGACCUGGACUGAAUACAGUGUCCUACUUAUUGACCGUCCUAGUCCGGGAGUAUAUGUUACUCCCCGAGGACGACGAAGACCAGCUGGUAAGCGACGAGGACGGCCACCUAUUAGUCAGCUUGCAGUGUUCAAAUCACCAAAGCUGCGAGGGCUUCCGUGGUUUGAGGCAGCGCAUGAUAACAGCACCCUUGAACUUCCAGGAUCGCAGCCUCGUGAUGCGCUGGAUAAUGAUAAAAUUGCGCCUAUCGCCCAUGACUCAGUCGAACAUGGCAGACCACAGGUCUCAACCGCUGCGAAGGGCGCUAAAAGGCAAUUUCAGCCCUCCGAUUCCGAUACUGAGUCGGAGUCUACUAUACAAACACCUUCAAAGGUGCCAAAUACCCAUAAGCCUAUCAGUGGGCCGGAGACACCACAGCAGGAAGUUAGCGUCAAGACACGAAUGGUGAAAGAUGUUGGACACGGAGAUGGGGAUACCGAUAAACUUGCUCGACACCCCGGAACGGGGACUAAGAGGAGAAGACACCAAUCCCCGAACUCUCGGAAUCAAAGUAGCGUCGGCGUGGAAAGUGAUAGUAUUACAAGCGGUUUACCCUCAACCCCAGCCAUGCCAAGCGAAGAAACUAGCAGAGCCCAUACACAAAGUGCAGGUGCGAGGAGAGAAACUCCAUCAAAACGACUGCGUCGAGAGACAAGCCGCCUACUUGAAGGGAAAGCAGGUCUGCAAACAUUAACUCCAGCUCAUAUUGCUGGAAAUAAAGACCUAUCACACUUGCCGGAAAAUUCUGACCUCACAGCCAACUCAUCAUCCUUGACAGAAGCGCCUCAAACAAUAGCAGAAGACACCAUCGUAGAGAUGACCCCUGCUGUUGAGCACAAUUCCCGUCGUCAAACUCUCGCCAACGGUACCCCGGGCAUGGAGCCUUCUACACCUCACACUUCGCAUAAUGAACCCAUGGUUUCCAGCGCCUCCCAAACCCCGGGAGCGUCUUCUGUUAGGUCCAGGCGGCCGAAGCUUACAGACAAAGGAGGAUCCGUUGCUUUUCUGCGGAAGAGCAUUAUCAUGAAGAUAGUCGAACAGGCCCAGGGCGCUUAUCCGAUGGGCUCUGAGCUCUGGUAUCCUUUCAUGACGGCAUGGAUGAGAACAAAAUAUAAGGAAAAGCCGGAUUUACGCACAAUAAAAACAGCCGUCAAGCAUCUGGUAGAUGCCGGAAAGCUUCGUCAACAAACUUUCUGCGGUAGAGAUUACAAAGGAGUUAUGGUUACAAAGACCAUAGUCUGCAAAUCGGAUCUACCACCAAACGAUCCCAUCAUCAAAGAUUUGCAAGCAAAAAUGCUAGCAUCAGAUGCGCGAUAUUAUUUCCCUCCAAAUGUUGAAAUCGACCCCAGUCUAACAAAGAGUGGAAUCAAAGGUACUCCUGGAAGAGACCACAGGCCAGCCACACAUAUUCCUGUUGAACCCAGGCUCACCGUGCAACUGCACCAAAAGCCUGCAUCCGUAUUAGCUAUUGAGAGAAGAAGAGGUCAAAGCAUCCAGCGGAAGCUUCUCCAGAGAAUUGAAUUGGAACAGACUAUCUACAGGAAACGACCCUCUGGUAUUGUCAGACUUCUCUCAAUCCAGCGUCCUGACAUGGAUGGUACUAUGAUCCAUGGCAGAACUUCUAUUUCCCAACCGGAUCAAGCUGGGGAGGACUUCCGAAGAUGCGUUCCAAGGCGACGAGAAGCUGUAACUGGUCAGGGAUUAGAUGAGCAGGGCGGUGCCCGCCGGCUGAAGCGCCUCGUACUUCCAAUUUCCUUGAUAGCACCCUACGCAAUGUUGAUGAAUCCGAGACAGGGAUUCCACUCUCAGACCGGGACUUUUUCUACUAAUGCUGGCCUUGCAGCGUUUAUUGUUCCCAAGCAACCCUCUCUUCCUACGCUGAAGAAAGGGUCUCGUCUACCCCAAUCCUUGGACGAUUUAUUCAGUCAGACACGCCGGCGUGCAGUAAACGUUUCGGGCAACAAUGAUCCACGGUCAAGGAGAUUCUUCCGAGAUACUGACACCAUCCUCAGAUGGGAACUUCAAAACGAAGAAGUGCUCCAGCAGAAAGGAGAAGGUCUUAGCUAUAUUAACCAAACGAUCCGAGAUUCGUUUGAGACUGUCCCAGUUGAAGGAGGUAUUCGAUUUGAUGGGGGUGAAACCGACUUGACCUCUCGGCCAGCUGCUCGAGCCAUAACGACAAGGCAACGUGCUCCUCGAUCACCAAAUUUUGUUCACUUGGAGCCCGGUGCCCCUCCUCCUGCUUCUUCUUCUUCUUCUUCUUCUUCGCCAUCUAGGCUACCAAGGGAAGAGUCAGAGGCCCCUUAUGUUUAUGAAGGAUAUCGUAAGCCGGCUAUUCCCCAGCAUCGCCGUCUAGAGAAAUUGAACGAGUUAAUGGCAAGUGAUUUAUCGGCGGCACAAACACCUCGACUGCCUCUCCGCCGCACCCGUCUUGCCCAGCAACUACCGCGUUCGAUGUCACAGAAGCUGAUGACCGCGAUUGUGGUAGUACGCGCUCUCGCAGGGGGUCUUGAUGGGAGAAUGGUCGACUGGACGCUUGUCUCCAACGGCUUCCCAGAUCAAGAUCCAAAAUUCAUCCAGGACAAGGGCAAGAGCAUUCUCAGCAAAAACCGCCUGCAGGUUGCGAAGAUGCAAAGUGACUUCCAGGAGCAGUUCAUUGAAGCAUAUGCCAAAGAUCUGGUCCCACGUAUCAACUAUGAUGACCUAGAAGGAUACGACUGGAAUACAGUCAUCGAAUGGGCAAAUGUGCAGUUGGAUGUUCCCAAGUCCGAAAAGAUUCCAGAUCUCCCUGCCACUCGGGAACAAUUCGACAAUAUCUUUGAGCUUCGUGAAGAAUCCUAUAGCUCGCUCGAUGAGAUCUUCCAAAACCAAUCAGUGACAGUAAGCCGCAAACGGGUUCUCUAUGCCAACAUGGCCUUCGCCGCUCCACUACGGCAGAAGUCCAGCCAUCAUUCACUUCGGCAAGGGGAGCUUUCCCGUCUCGACACGGUUAAGACAUGGAUUCGAGCCAACAUUACCACCCCAGAGGAAGUUUAUCGCCCCGCCGAUGCCCGACAAGCUCUAAGUUAUAUCGACGGAGGACUUAUUGGUCCUGCGCUCCAAUCGCUGGUAAACGAGCGUGUUAUUUCCCAGGGGAACCGGGGACGUGUCACCCCUGGUCGCAACUACGACAUCACAGAGCACUUCUUGUUUAAUCUGAGCAAGAGGCGUGCAAUUGAGCUUACCGAGUUCCGACGCGCAACGCGAUUCAAAACCGACACCCUUGACGACGCGAUCUUCUCUGGCCGAGAAGGAGUAUACAAGCUCACCUACAAUGAAGAAGACGGCGACAUUAUAGCCUUGGUCAACCUCUUCGCAGAGGGCCAGGUCACAUUCGCCCCGUGCGAUGCUCCGCGUGACAAAUUCGGCCUUACAGAGGGGGGAUAUCUCACUCGGCAAAUGAAUAAAGACAAAUUGCGUUUCCCUGUUGAAGUCCGGUCCGUCAAAGGGGCUUAUGUGCGCGGAAACCCGGUUUAUGAGAAGGCGUCUAGCAUACCACCACCCUGUCCCCCUCAGAUUGCCCUGAAUGAAUCGACAUCCGUCCCCGGGAAGAUCCCGCUAUGGUACGAUAUCCACGGCGGCUUUAUCCAGGUCCUCUGGGAACUGGCGGUGGCAGCUGUGCUCGGCUGUGUUGCAACGCGACCUGGCAUUACGGCGGGCGGAAUCGCGAACAUGGUAAAGCCGACGAUGGGUGCAUGGGAGAUUCAGAUGUUGCUUGAUUGGAUGGAUGAGGCGGGUGUAAUGCGCCAGGAAGGUGGGGAUUGUGCUGGAGAGUCUGGAUGGAUGGUUCAACAGUGGUGGUGGAUGGUUCUGGGCUGAGUAUUUCCACUUCCAUAGUGACCUUGUACGAAUAAGCCACUGAUACUGAUAUGAAAGAAUGCAUCUGGGUACCUCUCAGCUUU